CACCGAGAAGACCCCCACCGGCGACCACGCAGCCCCGCCUCCGUCGCCGGAACACCCGCCCGGCCGGGCCUGAGGAUGAGGCUCCGCCUGCGACCCCGGACCCUGCGCACGGCCGCAGCCGCACAGCCCAGCCGGAACGCCGGAAACCCAGGCCGCAGCACUUCCGGGGGGGGGGUGCGGCCCAUGCGCAGUCGCGCUCUGACUGCGGUGCGUUUGCGCUGGCGUCGCAGAGAGGCGGCAUGGCGGAUCCAGAGGUGCUGGGCUUCGAGCACAUGGGUCUGGACCCCCGGCUCCUGCAGGCCGUCGCCGACCUGGGCUGGUCGCGCCCCACGCUGAUCCAGGAGAAGGCCAUCCCGCUGGCCCUGGAGGGGAAGGACCUCCUGGCUCGGGCGCGCACGGGCUCGGGGAAGACGGCCGCUUACGCCAUUCCGAUGUUGCAGCUGCUGCUCCACAGGAAGGCGACUGGCCCCGCGGUAGAGCAGGCUGUGAGAGGGCUCGUGCUGGUGCCCACCAAGGAGCUGGCGCGGCAGGCCCGGUCCAUGGUUCAGCAGCUGGCUGCCUACUGCGCUCGGGACAUCCGGGUGGCAGAUGUCUCCGCUGCUGAAGACUCAGCCUCUCAGAGAGCUGUGCUGAUGGAGAAGCCCGAUAUAGUAGUGGGGACCCCGUCUCGCAUCUUAAACCACUUGCAGCAAGACAGCUUGACCCUGCGAGACUCCCUGGAGCUGCUGGUGGUGGACGAGGCUGACCUUCUCUUCUCCUUUGGUUUUGAGGAGGAACUCAAGAGUCUGCUCUGUCACUUGCCCCGGAUUUAUCAGGCUCUUCUGAUGUCAGCUACUUUCAACGAGGACGUGCAGGCCCUCAAGGAGCUGGUAUUGCAUAACCCGGUUACUCUCAAGCUGCAGGAGUCCCAGCUGCCAGGGCCAGACCAGUUAAAGCAGUUUCAGGUGGUCUGUGAGACCGAGGAGGACAAGUUCCUGCUGCUGUACGCCCUGCUCAAGCUCUCGCUGAUCCGGGGCAAGUCCCUGCUGUUUGUCAACACGCUGGAGAGGAGUUACAGGCUGCGCCUGUUCCUGGAGCAGUUUGGCAUCCCCGCCUGCGUGCUCAACGGGGAGCUGCCACUGCGCUCCAGGUGCCACAUCAUCUCACAGUUCAACCAAGGCUUCUACGACUGUGUCAUAGCGACCGACACCGAAGUUCUGGGAGCCCUGGUUAAGGGCAAGCGUCGAGGCAAGGGCCCCAAGGGAGACAGGGCUUCUGAUCCGGAGGCCGGCGUGGCCCGGGGCAUAGACUUCCACCACGUGUGCGCUGUGCUCAACUUUGAUCUGCCCCCUACCCUUGAAGCCUACAUUCAUCGGGCUGGCAGGACGGCGCGGGCCAACAACCCAGGCAUGGUUUUGACCUUCGUGCUGCCCGCUGAGCAAUCGCACCUCGACACGAUCGAGGAGCUUCUCUGUGGAGAGAACGAGGCCCCUGUCCUGCUGCCCUACCAGUUCCGCAUGGAGGAGAUCGAGGGCUUCCGCUAUCGCUGCAGGGACGCCAUGCGCUCAGUGACAAAACAGGCCAUUCGAGAGGCAAGGUUGAAGGAGAUCAAGGAGGAACUUCUGCAUUCAGAGAGGCUCAAGACAUACUUCGAAGACAACCCCCGGGACCUCCAGCUGCUGCGGCACGAUCUGCCUUUGCACCCUGCCGUGGUGAAGCCCCACCUGGGCCACGUCCCUGACUACCUAGUCCCUCCUGCUCUGCGUGGUCUUGUCCACCCUCCCAAGAAGCGGAAGAAGCUGGCCUCUAAGAAGGCCAAGGUCAAGAAGGCACGGACCCGGAACCCACUGCGCAGCUUCAGGCACAGAGAGGAGAGACGUAGGCCCACCGCUGUGCCUCCCUGAGGCUGUGCGUGCAGCCUCUGGUCUUGGGGAUGCGUUCUGGGGCUGAGCAGGGAGCGGAGGCCAGCUUCCCGUCCUGGAUGGUCUGGAUGGUGGGGCAGGCAGCGCCGUGGUGGUGCUGGUUCCUGGUGCCACCAGGCUGCCACUUUGUUCCUUGACAGAAUAAGGAUUCUGGCUGGC